UAAAUCAUCACGGCAAUCACUCAUUAAAUGUACAAGCUAUAGUCGAUCCAGACUUGAAAAUAUUAAAUAUCAACGCACGAUAUCCAGGAGCGAGGAAUGAUGCUUUUAUAUGGAAUUCUUCUCCAAUUAAACAUGUAAUGGAACACUUCUAUAAUCAUGGUGAAAGAAGAACGUAUUUGAUUGGAGAUGCAGGAUAUCCCUUGGAACCUUGGCUCAUGACACCGUUACCUUACUAUCCACAGAGGAGUCGGCAGUACCAUUAUAAUGAAAAAUUAUGUAAAGCACGAUGUAUUGUAGAAAGAUUUUUCGGAGUCCUUAAGGGAACUUGGCGAUGUUUAUCAUACCAACGCGUAUUAAUGUACGCUCCAGAUAUUGCUGGCCAAAUAGUAAAUGCAUGUGCAAUAUUGCACAAUAUGCGUCUGUAUUAUCGGUUACCCUUGGACAUGGAAGAAAAUGUGUUCCUCGAUAACGCACCUGCAGAUCACAUCCAUGUAGAAGAAGAAGAAGAAGUAGAAAUUUGCAGAGGGCCUAGAGCUGUAGCACAGCGGAUACAAAAACAACUUAUGCAAGAGUGGUUUCCCAAUUAUGUAUGUGCAUGGGAUAAUGAAUAGGAAUUUAGUAAAAUUUCUUAAGGAUGUAUUGUAAAGAAAACUUUAUAAUUAUGGAAUAAGGACAAAUCGUCAAUUACAUUAUACACUAAGAAUGGUCAUAAAUAAGGAAUUUAAGUGAAAGAAUA